AUGUUGCGAGCGAACAUAGUUGGGACUUAUGGGCCGCCGUUUGGGCAACAAAUGGAUCUGCGCGCCCGGGGCCAUUUGCGCGUUACGACUCGUUUGUACGCGCGCCGAAAAUCGUGCAAUUGCGCGCCAUUGGGCCUUCAUACGCGCGUCAUUCACAGCUUUGCAUCCCUUGGACGCACUUUUGGUCUCUAA